AUGAAGGCGUCCUUUCGUGUGCCUGGCUGGGCCAGCAUUGUCCUCGUCUGCCUUUCUUCAUACGUCUUUGCACAGUCUGUCACCCCCUCGAAUGACACUCAAGACCUCUAUUCGCCGGCCACUUCACCUCGCUUUAUACUGAAUGGCUCACAACUCGACACAAUCCCCGCCGUUCCACUUGCGCCGCUGGGUCAAUAUGCCGAACUGUCGCACACAACUUUUCAAAAAGUUCGAGUUCAAGGUCAUAUCGUUAAUGUCGAUGCGUCCAACGCAAACGAUAUCGCCAACACUCAACAAUUUUCAUACGUCUCCUGUGACCCUGAAGCAUAUUCGGGUAACCUUGGCCCGAGCGAUGUCUUCAGAAUCAUCGUCAACUCGCCUCGCACAAACAUCAUCAUCCUUUACAGUGAGACAAGUAACCACUGCGCGGCAACAGGAUUGUCACAGUUACCCACUGUAGGGGGUAUUCUGACCACAACCGACUCUCAGUUAGCUACAGCACUGGCAAACCUCAGUCUCAGUCAAGACAGCCCUGGUGUUGCCACAAUCUUCCCAGACAUGACUUCGUACACGAAUUCUAGUCAAAGUGGCUGGGGCCAGGGAUCUGGCGCUUUUGGUCAGUCACCCACCACAGCCGUCGCCAUGAUCAUUUUAUACGCCAUUACCGGAAUCAUCACCGCCCUCUUUGUAACCAUCAUCAUCACUGGCACUAUUCGUGCCCACAGACAUCCAGAACGGUAUGGCCCUCGCAAUCUGGCUGGUCGGGGUCGACAGAGUCGCGCCAAAGGUAUUGCCCGUGCCAUGCUGGAAACACUGCCCAUUGUCAAGUUUGGCGAUCAUGACCAGGCCUCCAAAAAGUCGACCGACGGAAAUGACAUUGAGAUGAAUGACUCUCAUAAUACCCAGACUGCAGAUUCUGCCAAAGCGCCCCCCAACGUCGCUGCUCAGGCGGUUUCUGAUCCCAAAGCAUCCCCCGAUGCCAAAGCCCAGGACCACCCAGGCGCUGUCGUUGCGACAAAUAACGCAGAUGGUACUGAUGCUGAGGGCCAUCUCGGAUGCUCCAUUUGCACGGAUGAGUUUCAGAAAGGGCAGGAGCUCCGCGUCUUGCCUUGCAACCAUAAGUUCCACCCUGACUGCGUCGAUCCGUGGCUGUUGAAUGUCAGCGGUACUUGCCCGUUGUGUCGUAUCGAUUUGAGGCCUCCUAAUUCAACACUUGACCCUGAUGCCCCGAGUAACUCCUCGGUUGAUGGAGCCGCUGGCGAUGGCGUCCCACCGCUGGGUGAUCACCCUCCUGACAUUGGUUCCAAUCAAGGGGCCCGGAGAGACUCCACGAGUCACCUGCGCGACUUGGCGUCUGGAACAAGAGACGAACGGAUUACGGCCCUCCGGCGUCUGCGAUUAGAGAGACUGCAUCAUCCCACUGACGCCGAACGACAGGGUCUUACAAGCAGAUUCCGGGAGCGCUUCAGGAUACGAACAGAGCGCCGAGGGGCCACGGUUGAGCCUAGCAGGCGCCGUAGCUCUGCCGUCAAUGUUCCGUCAACCUUCUUUGGCUAA